UUCUAUAUCUAAAAGCCAAUCCCUGAGAAAUUAUACUUAAUUCAAAAUCAGGGUUUAAGGUACUAAAAGAAUUGGGUUUAAAAAAGUUUUGAGUUUUACAUGAGUUUUGUAUCUCUUGUCCACUGAGCGAACCCAAAACCCGAAGCAAAAUGAAGUCUCCAUUCAAAAAUUCUUCAUCAAUCCCACCUUUCCUUUUCCGUUCUUUUCCAAGCUCCAAAUCUCUUUGCUCUCAGCCACAAACGCCAUUUCCCCAGAAUCCCAAUCCCAAUCCCAACACCAAUUUUCCUGAGAAAAUCACCUCAGAUUCACGGUUUCCCAUCUCAGAUUCCAAUUUUUCUGGAAACCCAAUUCGACCCAUAUCCAGUGACUCCCAUUUAACAUCAUCCUUAAUGCAAGAUAGAAGCUUAAACGAAACGCAUGUGAUAAACACUCUUCUGCGCCACAAAAACGAUCCAAAAUCGGCUUUGAAGUACUUCCGUUCUGUCGAAAAGAAGCCGGGUUUUGUACAGAGCAUCGAUGUCUUCUGUGUUCUGCUUCACAUUUUGGUAGGAUCCCCACAGACUUAUAAACAAGCUCAAUAUUUGCUUAACUUUCUUUCAGGCGAUUCAGGACCUGGCCCUGUUGUUUUUUUAGAUCACUUGAUUGAUACCAGAAAGAGGUUUGAUUUUGAUUUCAAUUCGCGAACUUUUAAUUACUUGUUGAAUAGUUACGUUAGAGUUAACAGGAUCCAUGAUGCUGUGAAUUGUUUUAAUGGAAUGAUAGACCGUGAUAUAGUUCCUUGGGUGCCCUUUAUGAAUAUUCUUUUGACAACAUUGGUCAGGAGGAAUUUGAUGGAUAAAGCUAGGGAGUUGUAUGAUAAGAUGGUUUCUAUGGGAGUUAGAGGUGAUUGUUUUACAGUUAACGUGAUGAUGCGUGCUUUUUUGAAAGAAGGGAGGCCUUGGGAAGCGGAGGAGUUUUUCCGGGAAGCUAAGGCUAGAGGGAUGGAACUUGAUGCCGCAGUUUAUAGUGUUGUUAUUCAGGCUGCUUGUCAGAAACCUGAUUUGAAUAUGGCUGGUGAGUUGUUGAGGGAAAUGGGGGAUAGGGGAUGGGUUCCUUCUGAGGUUACGUUUACAACUGUUAUUGGGGCUUUCAUGAAGCAUGGAAAUUUCGCAGAGGCGUUGAGGCUCAAGGAUGAGAUGUUGAGUUGUGGGAAGCAGUUGAAUUUGGUGGUUGCCACUAGUUUAAUGAAGGGAUACUGUAAGCAAGGGGAUAUUGGUAGUGCUUUGGAUUUGUUUAAUAAGAUUAAGGAGGAUGGGCUUAGUCCUAACAAGGUUACCUAUACAGUUUUGAUUGAAUGGUGUUGUAGGAAUCAAAAUGUGAAAAAGGCAUAUGAGCUUUAUACAGAAAUGAAACUCAUGGAUAUUCAACCUACUGUUUUUAAUGUGAAUUCCUUGAUUCGUGGAUUCUUAGAAGCUUGCUUACUGAAAGAGGCAUCUAAUUUGUUUGAUGAGGCGGUUGAGUAUGGCAUUGCCAAUGUUUUUACAUAUAAUAUUUUCUUAUACCAUUUCUGUAAUGAUGGUAAGGUGAAUGAAGCUUGCAGUUUAUGGCAGAGAAUGGUGGCUAAUGGCCUGGUACCAAGUAAUGUUUCUUACAAUAACAUGAUACUAGCCUACUGUAGAACAGGAAAUAUGGAUAAGGCACGUACUGUAUUUUCAGAGAUGCUUGAACAGGGCUUUAAACCUAAUGUCAUCACAUAUUCUACAUUAAUGGAUGGGCAUUUCAGAAAAGGUGAUGCUGAACAGGCCUUAGAUUUGUUUGAAGAAAUGGUGGGUGUGAAUAUUGCCCCCUCAGACAUCACAUUUAACAUAAUCAUUAAUGGUUUGAGCAAAAAUGGUCGUCCAUCUGAGGCAAGGGAUAUGUUGAAGAAGUUUGUUGAUAAGGGUUUUAUCCCUACAUGUUUGACAUACAAUAGCAUUAUUAAUGGGUUCAUCAAGGAAGGUGCCAUGAACUCCGCCUUAGAAGUUUAUAGAGAAAUGCGUGAAAGUGAAAGUUCUCCAAAUGUUGUCACCUAUACCACCUUGAUUAAUGGAUUUUGCAAAAGCAAUAACAUUGAUCUUGCUCUGAAAAUGCAUUGUGAGAUGAAAAGCAAAGGUCUUCAAUUGGAUGUCCCCGCAUUCGGUGCCCUCAUUGAUGGGCUUUGCAAGAAUCAAGACAUGGUCAGAGCAUGUGAGCUUUUCUCUGAACUCCAACAAGUUGGAUUAUCUCCAAAUACAGUUGUUUACAACAGCAUGAUUAGUGGGUUUAGGAAUGUAAAUAAUAUGGAAGCAGCUAAUGACUUGCACAAGAAAAUGAUAAAUGAAGGAGUUCCUUGUGAUCUGCUAACAUACACUACUCUAAUUGAUGGAUUCUUGAGAGAGGGUAAAGUAGCCUUUGCAUCUGAUCUUUACUCAGAGAUGCUUGCCAGGGGGAUUGUGCCUGAUAUAGUCAUUUAUUCUGUUCUGUUAAAUGGUAUUUGUAAUAAAGGACAGCUUGAGAAUGCUCACAAGAUUUUAGAAGAGAUGGAUGGAAAAGGUAUUACUCCUAACGCUCUUAUAUAUAAUGCUUUGAUUGCUGGACACUUUAAGGAAGGGAAUUUAGAAGAGGCUUUGAGAUUGCAUAAAGAAAUGCUUGAUAGAGGUCUUGUACCUGAUGACACUACUUAUGAUAUACUUGUAAAUGGAAAAGCUAAGGGUGCAAAUUCUCUUUCUGGAGUUUCAUGUGCUUAAACAGCGAAAAGUGUUCCAUGUUUCAAUCCAUCUGGCAAAGUAUUGAAAAAUAGCUGCCAGAUGAAAGAUACAAGGUAUGUUGGAAUGCCAGUUGAGGAUGCAGAGAGAAGUUACCUUUGGUUUCAGGUGGUUAUAAAUGCAAGGCAUGUGGGGGGGCUUUGGGCUGGCUGGAGAUGCAAUAGCAGUUCGCAAUGUUUAGUUGUUUUGGAUUUUGCAGUAGGUUCUUCUAUGGUUGCAUCAACCUCCCAGAUUGUCUCAGGGUCACUUGGGAUCUCUACAACAAACAGCAAUCUUCCAAUGAUCGGUUAUUUGGCAAUCCACAGAGGUAAGGAAACAAGGAAAGAAAGUGAAUUUAUAUGGAUUGCUUGAAUUAGAUGGGGCACACAACCACUGACUAAUUAACUAUAAAAAUUUAAGAGUUCAUUCUGACGAGAGAAAUUUUCAUCAGACUCACUUAUAUUUUCUGAUGAAAUGAUGUCCCGACGCAAAUGAACCUUCAAACAAAAGUACAAUUUUCAAAGUUCUUGUGAACUUGUGAUUUCUUUUUUAACACCAUUUAAUCAACGUACGCGUAGGGAUACUUG